AUGGCGCGCGCGUCAUGCCGGAAGUUGGCUACUGACGCAUCCACCACUCCUCGUCUCAUUAGUCAUGCGCUAUCCCCCCUCCCCGCACUCGAAGGAACGGCCAAGCUGACCAUCACGGGCGCAUGUGCCGUCGGCAGGUGUAUCAUCAGCGGAGGUAACGCCUUCCCCAUAUUCACCUCCCCGUCGUCCGGCCCCACUGGGGUAAUAUUGAACGUGCACAACCUCAACUUCCAGCGGGCGGCAGGGGGCGUCUUUCUCAACGUGCGGACGAGGGUCAACGCGAGUAAAUGCGGAUUCGUCAGCAACAAGGGUCUUGGCAGUGGCGGAGGGGUGCUCAGUGUUUCCUACCGCCGCUUCUCCUACUGUUCCUUCUACAACAACACGGCGCCCAUCGGGGGGGGUGGUGCCAUCAGCAUCAACGCGGGGAACCCUGAAGGCAAGGGGCCUGCCAUGAUGCUUGAGCACUGCUACUUCAGGAACAACAGCGCGCCCAAGGGCCGUGGAGGGGCGAUUUCGGUGGAGGGGACUGGCAAAAUUGUGUUCAAGUCAUGCAGAUUUGAUAAGAACAGCGCUGUUCCUUCUCCUCGGUCCAUGAUGGGGCUGUUGUUGCUGCCGCGGCAAACAAUGGUCUCGUUGCUUUUGUUGCCCACUCCCUCUACCUUUCUGGGCCUUGCACACCCUCUUUUCCACAUUGGCCCUUUCAUCCUUCCACUAAACCACCGCCCUUGCUUCCAUACAACCCUCCCCGCCAUCCAUCCAGGUGUGGCUGGGGGAGCCAUCUACUCGAACGGCACCUCUCUCUCUCUCGCCCAUGUCACCUUCAGGAACAACACGGCUAUUGGCAUUCCCCCUGCCACCACCUGCGGUGUUGGCGGCGCUGUUUACGCGGUCUCAGGGCGAUACAGCGGGGCGUCUGUCCGCUUCUGCGCAUCUUCCUUUUGGGACAACACGGGCUGUGCUGCGGCUGCCAACACGCUGUUCCUGCAGACAGUUGCUCAUCCCUACCAGUGGGUGGUGGGAGACGAGCGGUUGCAUUCCCAGGUGAGGGAGAAGGCUGGUUGGGUAAAUGGGGCGGUGUGGGUGAGUUGGAGGGGGAGUGCUGUGGAACAGUGGGAGCAUUGGGGGCAGGCGAGCUGGGAUAAUGGUGAGUGGGUGGCGGAUGGGAAGCCGAUGCACUGGCAGGUGAUGUAG